AUGGGUGGGAUCAAACUUGACAUGUCCAAAUCAUUUGAUCGAAUUGAAUGGAGCUUCCUGAAAGAUAUAUUAUCACAACUGGGAAUCCAUAAAGAUUGGAUUCAGCUAAUUGAUCAAUGCAUCUCUACGGCUACAAUUUCUAUUUUGUUAAAUGGUGUCUCGGGUGAGACUUUUAAACCAACUAGAAGCCUUCGACAAGGUGACCCUCUCUCACCUUACUUAUUUAUACUGUGUAUGGAAGCUUUCUCCUGUAUUCUUUAUAAUGCAGAAUCACAAAGGAAGAUUUAUGGCAUCAAAGCAACAAGAUCCAGUCCAAGCAUCAGCCACCUGUGUUUUGCGGAUGACAUACUACUAUUUCUUAAGGCCAGACCAGCAGAACUCAGGUAUCUUCAGUCCUUACUAGACCAAUUCAGCAAUGCUUCUGGGCAAGUAGUAAACCUUCAGAAAUCUGCAAUCUUCUUCAACAAAAAGCUCUCAAGGUCUGUAUGCAUCCAAUAUGCACAAAUACUUCAGAUGAAAUCUAUAGGAUUAGGGGAGAAAUAUUUGGGUCUGCCACUACUCAUGUCUCGCUCAAGAACGCAAAAUUGUUCAUUUCUUAGAGAUAAAAUGCAAUCUAAGCUACAAGGAUGGGAAGGGAAAAUGCUUACUCAAGCAGCUAGGAGUACUCAACUUCAGAGUGUACUAGGGACCAUGCCUCUUUAUCUGAUGCACUGCUUAAAGGUUCCCCAACAGACUAUCAAUAAUUUGGAUAAAGUCCAACGUAAUUACUGGUGGAAUCACAAUGCUUCUACACGUCCCAGACAUUACAAGAACUGGUCCAGCUUAUGUCUUCCGAAACGAUAUGGAGGAACUUCAUGGGUCUGGCAAAGUAUUUGCCAUGGAUUGCAGCAGGUGCAAAGACUUUGUAUCUGGCAAGUGGGUGACGGUAAAACUAUAAAUAUCUGGAGACAUCAUUGGAUUCCUAAUUCAGGCGGCCCAUUAUUACAUCCAGAAGAGCUGAAUUUGAGUGAUUACCAAUAUGUUGCCGAGCUUCUAGAUGAAGAUAACCAAUCUUGGAAAGUGGAGCUUCUCCAGCAAUUGUUUACUCCGGACCAGGUGCAACAAAUUCUCACUAUCCCACUGGAUAUGACGAGAAAAGACAAACUUGUCUGGCCUCUAACCUCCACUGGACACUUCACCACCAAAUCAGUUUACAACCAUUUGGUUAAGGAGUCCCAGCAAAAUCAACCACAAUAUCUGCAAAUGCCAUCCAAAGUUUGGCUGCAACUAUGGAAAUUAAAGAUUCCAUAUAAACUGAGACGGGCUACUAUAUUUCCUCGUUGGCAAACGCCACCAGAGGGUUACUUUAAAAUUAAUAUUGAUGCUUCUAUGUUGCCUAACUGUACAAUUGCGGGAAUUGCCAUUCUAAUUAGAGAUCCUGCAGGGCGAUUCGUGGAAUCCAUGGGACUCCUCCAGCAUGCCAGAAAUAUAACUUAUCAGAUAAUAUCCGUUAGUAACAAAAAAAUCUGUAAAGGUGAAAUUAUUCUCAUACUGUCAUACAUAAAACUUGGAAACAGUACUCAUAAGAUGGCAUCUGAAUUGUCUUCAUUUGAAUGUAAGUCUCUUACUCACACACAUACAUGA